AUGACCACAUGUGAAGUUCAAAUCAAAUUUUUCAUUGAUUGCAAGCAAACGUCAAAACAAAAUGUUUCUCGCUCGCCUAAGUGUUUUUUACCCAUCAUUUUAAGUUGCGCUGUAAAUAAAGCCAACGAAUACUUUUAUUUGAAGUAUCUCAGCAACUAUGUAGUUGUUAAAUUAGUCAAAGUGCUCCCACGACUGAAGCUUCAAUGUCAUGUUUGUCUCUUUGAGAGCUCCUGUUAUAAUGGAACCGGAAAGCCCCGAUUUGACAUUCACUUUGCCAUUGAUGGCAUUGCUUUUAUCCACUCUUUAAUUCGUAGUUGCUGCCGCUGGUGGUGUUGUUAUUCUUUAAUAGCACAGUUGGACCAUAAUUCUUUCAUCUAUAUCAAAGGAUUUAUUGUUUUUAUUGCAGGAAAGACAAAAAGUGAACAGUUUGUGAAGAGAUGGUUAAAUUGGUGGUCAAUAUCUCUGAAGGUGACAAUCAGGUGGAGAAGUAUUUGCUUUGAAGAAGAAUGUCGUCUUCUAUGCAGCAAACUGCGCUUUGCGAUUUUCCAAAAAGUCAGUCAGUCACGCACAAGUUGCGUCUCUACAGCCAAAGAACGUAGUAAAUCUCGAGAUGUGAAUCCAUCACACAACACAAUCAUAACAUCUACCAAGCAGACAGCAUGUGAAACAAAAUCUCAAAUGAAGCACAUUUCAUUCCAAAAAAUCCAGUUGCUGUUAAUAAUGAAAACUUUUAAUUUUAGGCGAAUUCUCUAUAAAGACAGAUAUGAUGCAUUUAAAAUGGUUUUUACUCCUUUUUCUGGCAAAAAGAGGGACGUAGGGAUAACAGUUUGCCCGGAAGGCAUUGGAUCAGUGCUCAAUAUCCCCGAAAAUGACAUUCAGAUGGAGAAGUGCUUACGUUCUCAUUCAUUUGUCUAUGCAUGGACUCAUUUGAUUAAUAGUUGGAUGUUCUUUUGA